GCUGAUGAGCAGAUGAUGAUCUCCUACACCUUCCGCAACUACGAGAUCGGCAACGCGGCGGUCAAGCGCAUCUCGGCCAAUAUCAGCAGCGGCAUGCACCUGGCGAGGGCCAGACCGAGCAAGACCGUGCUGGUCGUCUUCGGGGACGUCAACUUCGCCGUCGGUAAGCUGAAUAUUACCGAACAGACCGCCAGAGCCUCGUCGGAGGCAACCGAGACUUCCAAAGCUUCGGCGCGCAAGCGGCACGGCGCGCGCAAGCGCAUGGUGGAGAUCGAGGGCAGCGGCGCAACUCAUUUCUGUGCGGAGACGCUGGUGGGGUCAACCAUCGACCGCUGCUUUUGCUCGAUCACGCCCUCCCAGAUGAUCCAGCUCGCCGUCACCUCCACAACCUACUCCACCCCCGAGCUGCUGUCCCGCCGCCGGGUCAGCUACCAUGCCGCAGUUCUCGUCUCCUUCGCCAUGCGUGACCUCAAAGCUGAGAAGAUCCAGCCGAUUGCCCAGUGCAUCUUCAAGAGUGGGCCAGCGCCCUCUUCCGCCAUGGUGCGGACCAACGACAAGCCGCCAUUGAUCUGGCUCGACAGCGAGGGUGCCUUCCCCAUGCCCAAACCCUCGCCCAGUCCCAAGCUCUGCGCCGCAAGAUCCAGCUUUGGAGCCCGAUUAGCAAAAGGCUUGGCGCGCACUGACGCGCAGACAGCAAUUGGAACAGUGACGGGGCCAACUGAGAGAUUGCAGAAGCUGGCGGAUCGUUGGCAACCCGUUUUCCAGGGCAAGACUGUGGACACUGGGGCGGCGGAGCUCUACCUCAACCGAUGCGCGCCCAAGGUCGACCUCAACAGCUACGCGCCCCCCGACAACGACGCGCUCAGGGGGUUCGCGCGCAGAUCCUCCUUCACCCCCCCUGGCAUGGACGGGCCCCCCUACAUUGCCCGGUCCGCGCAUGAGGCGUGCACCGAGACCCUCCUGCAGGUCACGACUUGGAUGCUCGGCGGCGGCUUCCCCCCGACGAAGCAAACGCGACGGCCCAGGCACCCCUUCCAAAAGGGGAAGCACCUGACGACGCUGAGCACAUCGGCUGCCACCGUGACCCGUCUAAACUUCGUGACCUUGGGCUUCGCUGGGCAGGCCUUCCCGAGCUUCGCCCACCAGUUCAUCCGCCUCGCGCUGAAGGCCAUAGGGGCGCCCGUGGUUGCGCUGAACUUCUUCGACUUGAUGUGCCACAACAUCCUCGCGAUGGCCCCGUGCGCGGGCUUGUAUGCCCAGCUCUUCUACAUCCGCUCGGGCAUCAUCCAGGGCUGCGGGUGGAGCGGCACUCUCUGCGCGAUGGGCGCCGCCUGCGUCCUCCGCGACCUGGAGCAGCAGCUCGAGCUCAAGGGCUACGGGCUGCGCCGCGCCUGCGCCGAUGACCUCGGGCUUGCGCUGGCGGCGGUCGCCCGCCUCGCGCACUUGGAGGGGGUGAUGGCCCUCGUGGAAGACCUCGCGGGCCUCGCGCUGAAGCCUGCCAAGUGCCACAUCAUCCCGCUUGCGGGUCCUGUCGAUCACGAGCCCGUGAGCAUGCUGCGCGACUCCCUGGUCGCGAUCGCCCCGCGCUUCCAGGAGUUCAACAAUUGCGACAACCUGACCUACCUCGGUCUUCUCCUGGGGCCUGGAGCGACCGAGAGCCUGCUCAACGCGAAGGGCUCCAGAAAUUCUGCCAGCGCGGUCAAGGACUGGCCGAGGCUACAGGACCGGGGCGUGCACGCGCCGCGGUCCACGCAGCUCGCGAUGAUUGUCGCGAUGGUCCGCGCCGCAACGUCCACCCUCCACAAGUUCCCCGAGUUCCGCAAACGCCUCCACCAGGGAUUUUGCCAGUACGGAGAGGGCCAGACCACGCUGGGCGUUGCUCGUGCUGCACAGCAUCUCUCCCCGCCCUGGUGGAAGACGCCGCCCUUCGUCGAGACGUUCCACCCGAUCGCGUCCGCGGAGACGGACCACCGCUACUACCCGCCCGCCUUGCCUGCCCCUGCCUCGAGGAGUGCACUGGGCGCGGACGAGGUCGGCACGUUCCUCGCGAAGAGGCUGACGACCGAGCUACCCGACCUCGUGAACACCUUCGAGAACGACUCCGAGGUGUUCGACAGGAGGACGAUUGCGAUGAAGAGGCUGCCGCCGUCGCGGGCCGCAGCGCGCAUUCGGACUCUCUCCUUCUCGUGGCUGACCUCGAGCAGGAUCAGCUACGAGUGCGGGCGCAGACGCUGUAUCUUCCAGUGCGCCGUUGGCGCCGACUCCGAGAAACAUUACGUGACGUGCGCCCCAUUGGCUGCUGCCGUUGCGGCGGCGACCCGUGUCGCCGCCCAGACCGAGGCCGUGGCGAACCGCGCACUGCUGGACACAAGCAUCGACAACACCGGGCGGGUGGUCAUCGCCUGCGGCACCUAUCACAUGCUCCGAAUUGAGAACAGUGUCGACGCGGAGACCCUGCGCUCUGCGGCGCGG